UCUCUUUAAAAGGCUGUAUCCUGCGGGUCCCCGGCUCUUGAAGAGGGCUAUGGCCAUUGUUUCGCUCCUGCUCUUUCCCCUCUUCCUCCGGGUCUGAUCAAUUUAACCACCACCACCGCACAGCUUUAAGACAUCUACAUAUAUUUUAAAAAGGACAGCAAGAUGGCUGAGAUGGGCAAGGGAGUCACCGCAGGGAAAAUCGCCAGCAAUAUGCAGAAGAAGCUCACCCGGGCCCAGGAGAAGGUCCUUCAGAAACUUGGCAAAGCUGAUGAAACAAAAGACGAGCAAUUUGAACAAUGUGUGCAUAACUUCAACAAGCAACUGACAGAGGGAAGCAAGCUGCAGAAGGAUCUCCGGACAUACCUGGCUUCAGUAAAAGCAAUGCACGAAGCCUCCAAGAAACUGACAGAGUGUUUGCAAGAAGUGUAUGAGCCAGACUGGCCAGGAAGAGAUGAUACUAACAAAAUAUCAGAGAACAGUGACCUGCUGUGGACAGACUUUCAUCAGAAGCUGGUGGAUCAGGCACUGCUAACUAUGGACACCUACCUCGGCCAGUUCCCAGACAUAAAAGUAUGCAGUUUCUUUUUUACUUUCUGUUUUUACAGUUUCCUUUACUUUCUUUUGUGCUCCUUUUUUAAAAAAUUGAGUUUGUGUGAACUAUGCAUCAAGGAAGAGUUUUGUAAGGAACUCUGUGGGAUCUUAUCUCGUCUACUUUGGGCAAUGGUGGAAAUAAUGACUAGCAGAUUUUAUCAAUUUUUUGAGUCAUUCAGAGUGAUGCAGAGGUUUCACCCUCAAAACUUAGUGAUAAAGUAG